AUGGAGUUCUGCUUGGCUCAGACAUGCCCCCAAGGGCAUCAUGAAGCCCCCUCCCCCACCUUCAGCACCUUCCAGCCCAUGAACUUGACCCAGGGGAGAUGCCAGGACCUGAAUUAUGUCCAGGCUUCUGCCUCAGCCCCAGGAGCUGCCUGGGUCCUAGGGAAUGCUGACAAGGAGGAAGAGGUACCUGGGAAAGGUGGCCUGUCUCUGCAAGCUGAGAUCAGAGCAUGGGUCCAGAAGACCCAGGCCCACUGGCUCUUGCUCAGGACCGCCCCUGUUUGGUUCCACGGCUUCAUCACCAGGAGGGAAGCUGAGAGGCUGCUGCAGCCCCAGCCUCAAGGAUGCUAUCUGGUGCGCUUCAGCGAGAGCACAGUGACCUUCGUGCUAUCCUACAGGAGCCGGACCUGCUGCCGUCACUUCCUCCUUGCCCAGCUAGGGGACGGGCGUCACGUGGUGCUGGGCGAAGACAGUGCCCACGCGCAGCUUCAGGACCUGCUUCUACACUACACAGAGUGUCCCCUCAGCCCCUAUGGGGAGACGCUCACCCAGCCCCUUGCCCGCCAGACUGCUGAGCCAGCUGGACUUUCCCCGAGGACUGAAUCAGACUCUGGAAGCAAAAGACAGGAAGAUCCAGACAGCCAGCACAGCCUGCUCAUCCAACAGGGGCAGGCCCAGUCCCCAGCACACAAAGAGAAAGUGUGGGCCUCCCAAGCCAAGGAGACUUCACAGGUGUCCAGACCCAGGCCUCCCAUCCCUGCCAAGCCUCAGCUUCCUCUUGAAGUCUAUACACGUCCUUCUUCACGACCCCAUCGGGCUCUACCCGUUCACCCCAUCUACCAGGAGCCUGAUGAACCCAUAGCCUUCUAUGCCAUGGGACGGGGCAGCCCUGGAGAAGCCCCCAGUAAUAUCUAUGCUGAGGUAGAGGGGCCAUCGGGAAUGGCACCCACUGGGCACCCCACCCUCCAGAAGUGCUGGUCCAGGCCUAUCUCAGGAGGCCAGAAGACAGGUGGUCCAGAGCUGCAUUCUGAGGACUCUGUGACAGAGCAAGGCCCUCUCCCUCCUCAUCAGCCCUACCCCUGGAAGCAUCAUACCCUUUGUAGACAGGUGUUUCAGAACAGAGAACAGGCAUGGCUCCUCUCCGACCUCAUCAGCAGGUAGUAUGUCUGACCUGAGAGAGGCUAGCUUGGGGUAUUUUGUGCCCUGAGACCUUCAUAUUCA